AUAUCAUGUGUCAUGUAGGCUAUGUCAUGCAUGUAAAAAUCUGUACUUAUCCCGUCCGGGACUUGUUUCAAAGUGCACUAGAUGUAUUUUAGAGGGGUUGUGAGUAGAGGUUUACUUAGGGAUUAGCUAGAAUGCCAUGCAUGUGCAAUGACUGGGCAGGAAGGGAAAAAAAUUGAGCAUUUUUGCAACGUGAAUUGAGCAGGAGGAGGGACUGACAUUGCCUUUUGGGUGGUCAUGCAGUCAGAAGAGCUGAUCUGCUUCAUCUGUGUCUGCAGUUCAGAAGGAAAGACUCAUGCUUGGGAUUGCAGCCUCCGUGAUGUAAAAAGUGAAAGUUUAAACAGUGCAAACGAGUUCUAUUGAUGCCUAAAGCAACAACACCAUCGUCCUUUUUGCAUAGGCACAGCCACAUGCAGCUGGCACUGUGAGGUGGUAAUAUUAGUUAGCAACAGCGAGAAAAGCCCAAACAUGGAACUUUUUUGCUUGGAAAAGGACGCAAUCAUGCGAGCUCAGAGAGAUCCCAACAUCUUCUGCGAUGAAAGAGUAUUACAAAGUCUUUUAACAGUGGAGGAUCGAUAUGUUCCACAGGGACCCUAUUUUAAAUGUGUCCAGAAGGAUAUUCAGCCUUUUAUGAGGCGGAUGGUCGCGACGUGGAUGCUGGAGGUUUGUGAAGAGGAGAAAUGUGAAGAGGAUGUCUUUCCCCUGGCUAUGAACUACCUGGACCGAUUUUUAGCUGCAGUUCCUACAAGAAAAUGUUAUUUGCAGCUCUUAGGGGCUGUGUGUCUCUUCCUGGCUUCAAAAUUAAAAGCAUGCCAACCGCUGUCGGCCAGGAAGCUCUGCAUGUACACAGACAACUCCAUUACAUCUCAACAACUGCUGGAGUGGGAGUUGGUGGUUCUUAGCAAAUUGAAAUGGAACCUGGCUGCCAUUACCCCACUUGACUUUAUCGAACACAUCCUGUACAAACUGCCCUUCUCCGAAGACAGACUGACGCUGAUCCGCAAACACACGCAAACCUUCAUCGCCCUCUGUGCAACAGAUCACAGCUUCACCAUGUACCCUCCCUCCAUGAUCGCCACAGGAUGUGUGGGGGCAGCAGUAAGUGGCCUUCAGCCCGACCAGAGCAACCAAAAUCUGUGGGGGGACAAUCUGACAGAGCUGUUGGCUAAAAUCACCCACACUGAGGUGGACUGUCUGAAAUCAUGUCAAGAGCAGAUCGAGCAGUUGCUGACCAACAGCCUGAAAGAAAGUCAACAACAGCAUCAACAGCAACAGGAGGGCAGAGCCAGCAACAAAGGGAUGCAAUCUCAAAACCUGUCCUGCACCCCGACAGAUGUCCGUGAUGUCAACUUAUGAUGUCGGUUCCUGUUCCUAUCCACCUCCUCAGCCUACAAAAGAUUCAAUUACUAUUAUAUUACUGUAUUUAAGUUUUAUUUCAAAGCCACAUUAGAUGGUCAUACACGCAUAAUAUAAGAACGCAAGCUUGAUGUUUUAUAACGGAGCAAAACAGCUGCUGCUGCCGUCUCAUAUCCGCAGGCGGUGGCGUUUUACAUACUUGAAUUUAAUUGAAUUGGCCUCAAACCAUGAUUGAAUAAUGCAGUAUAUUGUAUAUUACUUAACAAAGAGCAUACAUCUGUUUUGGCUGUCAUAUGCAACUGUAUUAUUAUCAUUCUAAUUUAUAUUGUUAUUUAAUAAUUAUAAUAAUAAUACCUAUUAUUACUAAAAAUAUUAUGCUUUUUAUCUUAUAAAAUAUGUAUUUACUUAGUCAUUCCCAGAGGCCGUUUUUUAUAUAAUAUAUGGUGUAUGUGAUCCCACAAAAAUGCUGUUGAAUGGAUAGAAACAUUCAUCAGUUUCUUCAGUGGGAUCCGUUUGCUUAUAGAGAUAUUAAUACAAUGAUCUGAUGAGUUGCUUCUCAAGUAACUCUUCUUUUAGGGACUAUUUACAGUGAAUGUUGUUGCAUGCAUUAAGCAUAUAUGAAUAUUAAUAAGUUAAAAGGUUUCUAUCCAUGCAUGGUGACCAUCACGGCUUUAUGAGCACGUAGGACAGUUUCAGAUGGACACUAAGUAUGUAAUGAAAGUAGUGUAACGGUGAGGUAGGGAAGGAAGGAAAGAAAGAGGCGAACUGAAGAAUGCACGUUGAAAGAUUUUGCACGUGAUUGAAAUAUUAGGUGGUUUCUGGAAUGCUCUAUAAUGUUGAUAAUGAAUGCAUCAAAUGUAAUGCUGUUCGCUCAUCAAACCUGUUUAAACACCGUCAGAUGUGGGUCAGAGACUAUGCUGGAAGGAUUUGAUCAUUUGGGAGUCUUAAAAUCCUUCUUAGCAAAGACACGAUACAAAUGCACUUUCAGAUAUCACCUCUCGCUGGUUAUCCGUGGUAUACAAGAGGAGGGCGACUUAUUUCUAAGGGGUUUUUUUUUUUUUUUUUUUUGCAUUGUUUUUCCUAAGUUAUUUUUGUUUUGGGGCUGGUUUCCCAUAUUAGGUGUGCUUGCGGGUUAUAGUUUUAAAUUUAGACCAAUAAAUUUAGACCGAAAACUGAUCUAACAGUCAAAUGGUGAGGUUUGACAUGCCAAGAUUGGUUGCGUUUUACUUUAGUUGUGUUGAAUUCAUGUCAGCAUAGAUAGGACAUCAUCAAAUUUCAUUAAAUCACUUUAUUUUAUUAGUCUAUUUUAUGUUCUUUUCUCAAAAUAUCAGUCAUCUACUUGAACUUUUCUCAUAUAUAGGAAAAAGAUAUUUUGAAACAUGCCAUUUUCUUUUCUCUUUCUUCAUUACUUUGUUCUUGCACUUUUGAAAAUUGAUUUCUCAAAUCAGUUCUCUUAAUAUUAGAGGAGUUAAAAGUAACUCAGAGGUCUGAGAUGCUUAAGAUGUUUACUUCGAAUAUAUUACGUGUUGUGAUGACACUAGCGUGCCAUUCCAACACAUCUAUGCAAAUGAGUGUUUUUCAAACAAUGUUCAUUUUGAUUUUCAAUGUUCACCCAUUUCCCCACAUUUAAGUUUUGAGUGUGUUUGUGUGCUGUUAGAUCCUUUAGUUCAUUUUGUGUUCUUCCCAUUCCUUUAUUUCUGUGUAAAUGUUUGAACUUGUGUUCCAGUGCUGCUAAAAGAAAAAGAAAAAUGAAAAAAGAGCUAUUGCAUACCUUCAUUUCGGUUUCCGUGUUGCUGCUAUAUCAGAUUAUUGAACAUGUUUUCGUGGUGGCUGCAUGUCUGUUUUCUGUUUGCAUUUACACUGUCAAUUAUUUUCAUGCAUGAAGUGCCUUGGCGGUUACUUGCAGAUAUUUGCAUGAACAAGUCUUGCCUCAUUUGUGUUUAAUGUUAUCUGACUUAACUGUUGUCUGACUUCUUUUUCUAGCUAUUAUAUUACUUUGUGUUAUGAAACACCUUUAUUGUUUUCAAGUAAUGUUCCUGCCCACAGUCACAAUACCUCACAGUACUUCAGCCAGGUAGUUUAUAGAAGAGUAGUAGGUCUAAAAAAGGGGCGUUGAAGCUUUUUAACAAGUUUGUUACCCUACAGGAUAAGCCUGAAAACUUUUUUUUUCUUUUAUUAACUUAUCAGAUACACACUCACCAAACAGCUAUAAAUGUAUUGUCUUAUGAGGUGGUAUAUGUAAGACUGGGGCAACGUGUCGUUUAAUUACAAAAUAUUGUUUUAAAUUGUGUUUGAAUUAUGUUGAAGCAGCCACCUUUUGUUAAAAGUUCCACCUCCACAUCCACAAAAAUACCCAAAGACAUGGCAUUUCAGCAAUACCUUAUUUUUUAUUUUUGCCCUUGGACACUUACCUCAUUUGGACCUAUCAGACAUUAAAUUCAAUAAAUCUAAAUUUG